AUGUACACAGCAAUAAUAUUACUUGUCAUUUUUAUCUACUUACCAUAUCACUUUUACAGAAAUUAUUUCCAUGCAAGAAAGGACAAAAAAAGCUCACCGGCUCCUCCUCCGACCGACUGGCCGAUUUUCGGCAUGCUGCCGGGGCUGCUUCUAAACUGCGGGCGGGUCCACACGUUUAUGACCGAGCUUCUCGAGAGCAGCGGCGGCACGUUUUAUCUCAAAGGGGCUUGGUUUGCUAACAUGAGCAUGCUGAUCACUAGUGAUCCAGCCAACGUGCACUACAUAUUGGCCAAGAACUUUCCCAACUUCGAGAAAGGACCGCAGUUCAAGAAGAUGUUCGAUGUUCUCGGCGACGGAAUAUUCAACGCAGAAUCAGAAUCUUGGGAAAUCCAAAAACGAACCGCGAAAUCGCUGAUGCACAACACGAGUUUCCCCGAUUUUAUCGCGAGAACUAGCUGGAGCAAAGUGGAGAAUGCCCUAAUCCCGAUUCUGGAGCUCGCUUCGGAAACGGGGACGGAGGUCGAUCUACAAGAGCUAUUCCAGCGCUUCGCCUUCGAUUGCUCUUGCAUCACGGUUUUAGGACACGACCCUGUUUCUUUGUGUAAGGAGUUGCCUCAUUUACCACACGAGAAAGCCUUUGCAGAUGCCGAGCAAGCGGUCUUGUACAGGCACAUGCUCCCCGAAUUUACGUGGAAGCUGCAGAGUUGGCUUCAUAUCGGUAAAGAGAACGAGCUGACGAAAGCUAAGGACGUCAUUCAUCGGUUUGUGUCAGACUGUAUCUCGAUGAAGCAUCAAGAUUUCAACUUAACGGGUCCAAAGGACGACGGUCUCGACAUGUUAACGAGUUGCAUGAGAGCACGUGCAGACGAGGGUAUCAAUGCCGCACCGAAUAAUUAUUCCGACGAGGUUUGGAAAGAUACUCUCUUGAAUUUAAUCUUUGCAGGUAAAGAUACAAUUAGUGCAGCUCUCGCGUGGUUCUUCUGGCUCGUGGCGACGAACCCUGCGGAACAAGAAAAGAUCAGACGAGAGAUAGACGACACGAAUUGGAGAUUUACCACGAUCGAGGAGUCGAAGAAACUGGUUUAUCUUCACGGCGCACUUUGUGAAACUUUACGCCUUUUCCCACCGGUGCCGUUUCAACACAAAGCUCCGGUGGAGCACGAUAUUCUCCCGAGCGGACACAGAAUCAGCCCGAAUACAAAGACGGUUUUAUCGUUCUACUCGAUGGGGAGGAUGGAAUCUAUUUGGGGCAACGAUUGCCUCGAUUUUAAGCCGGGGAGAUGGAUUGAUCCCGAAACGGGACGCGUCAGAACCGAACCGUCUUUCAAAUUUACGGCUUUUAAUGCGGGACCGAGGAGCUGUUUGGGGAAGGAUGUGUCUUUCAUACAGUUGAAAAUUGUUGCAGCCGCUAUCGUGAGCCGGUUCAAUAUUCGGGUGGCUCGAGGUUUUUCGGUUACGCCGAGCAUUUCAGUCAUACUUCACAUGAAACAUGGUCUCAAGGUUAAGGUUUCGGAUUUUGCUUAA